GCAGCAAUGCUCCAAAGCUCUCGUGCGCUGCAGCCCCUCGUGCAGCGCUGCUGCGCGGAAUCGCUCGCGGGCUGCGCCGGCGGCCUCGCGAAGCAGCUCGCCGUCUACCCGCUCGACCGGGCCGCGACGCGAUUGGAAACCAAGAAGGGCACCAAAGCCACGAACGUACAACAAGCCUACCGCGGCGCCGGCGUGUUGAUGCUCUUCGCGCUGCCCUACGCCAUCGCGUUCCACGUGCCGUUCGUCCUCGUCGAGAACGCGCUGCCCGUCGGCGACGCGGCCGCCCGAGCGUCUAUCGCGGGCUUCCUGGCCGCGCUCGCCGCGGCGCCCGUUGGCGUGCCCGCGGAGGCCUGCAAGCGCCGCGUCCAGCUCGGCGCGCCCGUGAAAGAAGCAUUGGGUGGCGGCCGGUCGCUCUACGACGGCUUCUGGGCGACGGCGGCGCGCAACGUGCCUUAUAAUGCGGCGGCCUUCGGGGCCUAUCGUUUUUUAGAAAGGCGAAGCGUCUCUCCACUUUUAUGUGGCGUCGGCGCGGGCGUGGCCUGCGCGGUCGCGACGCACCCCUUCGAUGUGGUGGAUGCGCGGCAGCAGACGGCGCGGACGUCCGCUUCCGCGGCGCCGCCGCCGAGCUUCUUCGCCCUGGAGACGUGGGCGUCGCUCGCGCGGGAUCCCGGCGCGUUAAUAAGGGGCCUCCUGCCGCGCGUUUUUGCAUUGGCGCCGGGCACGUGGCUGUUUUUUGCGGUUUUUCGGCCCGUGCGGGAUAGGUUAAUGUCUGUAUGAAUUACGAGGCCUAGUCUGUACCGGGAAGCCCCAGGAACUGCGUCAGCGAGUCGCCCCUCCGAUGACUCCGCGUCGCGCGCGUCGCCGACUGGAGCUCGUCGGCCGGCAACGCUAUUACAAGAUCAACGUUCCGCGCUACUAAAAUCCCGGUCCUUCGGUCGCGCAGCUCCCGGGCCCAGCGCACGGCGUCAACAGCUUUCGGGCCGCCGAAGAAGCGAGGCACCGCCCCGCAUCCGAUAAAGUCGAUUAGAUAAGGUGCGAACGCGUGCGAUAGAGGCACGCGCCAGUCGGACGAAGCCCGCGAUAAUAUACUGCACUCGUUCCUUUCUAGGAUCUGGAUCAACCUCUCGACGUCCGUGUAUUGCUUCUGGUCCUCGACCAGAUGGGCGUCGUAGGCCCGCAACAGCUCCUCGGCGCCGUGUGGAUGCAGCUCCGUCUUGCCUGAAAAAGUGAUGGGCAGAUAGGCCGUCCCGCGCGGCUUGCCUAUCCUCCUCAACCCGUCCGCGAGGAUCUCGGGUCUUACCAGAUCGGCGAAGGCGCUGCCACACACUAAAUCAAAGGAGCCGAAGGCGUCCGCGUCGAGCGCAUCUCCACAAACCACGGCUAUUGAACAUCGCACUCCUCCUAUAUCACAGAUCCCGUGUCUCAAUCUUUCAAAACUCCGAGAGGCGAGCGGGUCCGCGUCCGCGGGCCACGGCGUGUUUUGGAUCUGGAGCUUGGCGAGACCCUCGGCCAGGGCGUCGCGGUCCCUAUCGACGGCCAGGUAUUCGAAGGUCGCGAAGCCGGCGGCUUUCACGGCUUUCGCUAUCACCGGUAACAAGGAGAGCGUCCCAGCUCCCAGGUCGACGCACCGCGGCGGAUUACCAGUCGCGAGGCGCUCCGUUAGCACGGCGAGGGCCUCUUCAGAACGGGACGCAUCAUCAAUAGCCGCCUUCUCCCGAAAAUAGGCGAGGCGGUCCACGGGCGACGCGGCACAGCACCCCAGGGCCGCGAGCGCCGCUCUCCUCACGUCGCCGUUCUGAAUAGAGACGGUGCGCGCGAAGGCCUCGCGCGCGGGCGCGCGCGACGACAACAAAAUGCCUUUGGGCCGGGGCAUGUCGACGGCCGCCGCGGCGCCGCUCACCUGGAUGUCGAUGGGCCGCCAGCCGCAGGGCAGGGCGUCGAGCGGCCACGUCCCUUGCGCGUGCGUGACGCCGUCUCGUUCGUUUCCGCGCAGCGGCGUUGUGUUCAGGUCGUGGCUGUCUAUUAAGAGUUGGUCGUCGUCAUUUGCGAGCAGGUGGGCGGCCAUUUGUGGUCUGGCACUCGCGAGCGACUGAGGAGAGGCCUGGCAGCACAGCCGAGUGCAAUCCGCGAUGCGGAGAAGAAGAGCUGGAGAAACAGUGUCUGGUGCAACCGUUGGUCCUGAAGAGUGCUGGCGCACUUGGAACAAGUUUUUUGUGCAAUCACAAGGCCUACUCGCGCUAUGCCAAAGCGUUUUUGCCGCGGAUUAAUCCGCUAGCGGAGUAAGACACUAGCAACAAAGCAAGCUAAGGCUGCCAAGCAUAAAACAGGGCGGACGGCGCGCUAUUGUUGCCUUAGCGACAACUGCUCGCCGCCGAGUUGCCUCUAGCACCGCUGUCCAAAGUACAGCUGCGUCCAGCAUCGCUACGAUGACAGCGAGCUCAAAUGGGAGUGGUGCGGCAGACAGCGGAGGAGAGGCGCCCGCGAACACCGUGCAAGUAGGGGGCUGGACGCUCAGCGCUGAUCUGUCGCCGGAGGCGAUGGCGCAGGUUCAGGGCUUGAUCAGCGGCAUGCAAAACGAGUCGUCGGGCCCCGCGCGGCAGGCGGUCGAGCGGCCCGACGGCAGUAUAGAGUUUCCAGAGCGGAGCGACGAUGAUAAGGCCGCGGCGGACGCGGCCUUCGCGAAGCUAGUCGCGCAACAUCCGGGUGCGCGCGAGCUUUGCCCCGGCGUGUACGCCGUGCCGCCCGACGCCGUCGUGCGCGACGCCGAGUAA